GAGAGCUGCGGCGGUGACCCCCGCGCCGGCUCCGGCUCCGGCUCCGGCGCGGCGCGGAGACGUGACCAUGUGGAUACAACGGCUCCUGGGAAGCAGGUCGGGUUGCCCGCUGGGAAGCCAUGCUUGGAUAUUAAUAGCCAUGUUUCAACUAGCCGUGGAUUUCGGCGCCGGCGACUCCGUAGCUGCAAGCCACGGCUUGAGGCUCGCGCAGAGGUCGUCGCCCCGGCCCCGGUCGCCCCGUGGUCCCUUGUGGAGUUUUAAAAACGGACCGGAGCUGCGGAUUCCCGGCCCGCCUUGGACCUAUGGCUCUGCUCAUCCCGACCGGCCCCACGGGCAAACGCAGAGGCGCCGCUGGCGCCGGCCGCCCCGCGCCGCCAAGGCGCCCGCGGCCGGCACGGCCCCGGCGAGCCGCGGGAGCGCCCGCCGGCAGCCUCGCGCGGCGAGGGGCGAGAGGCGCCCGCGGGGCAGCGCCGGGCGCCCGGGGGACGCCGGGGCCACCGCCGUGCCCGAGGUCAUCGUGUGGGGCCCCACGGGCGAGGAGGACGCCGCCGAGACCAGCACGCUGCCCGCGCGCUUCGGCCCCACCGCCGCCGCCGCCUCCGCCGGGCACCCCAGAGCGACCACGGCGGCCGCGACCAGCCCGGCCGCCCCCUCCGCCCCCGCGCCGCCCGAGCGGCGCCCGCCGAGCCCGGCGCCGGCGGGGGACACGCGCCGCAGCAGCCCCGGCCGCGGGAGCCCGACCGAGCCCUACGCCGGCCACGGCGGCAGCGGCAAGGAAGCCCGCCCGCCCAGGAUGCUGGGGGACACGUCAGGUCUGGCCGUUCAUCAGAUAAUCACCAUUACAGUGUCCCUCAUCAUGGUCAUAGCUGCUCUGAUAACAACGCUUGUCUUAAAAAAUUGUUGCGUGCAGAGCGGGAGCGCGAGGCGCAGCAGCCACCAACGCGCGAGCAGCGAGCAGGAGGAGAGCUGCCAAAACCUGACGGACUUCCCGCCGGCCCGCGUGCCCAGCAGCCUCGACAUCUUCACCGCCUACAACGAAACGCUGCAGUGCUCGCACGAGUGCGUCCGGACGCCGGGGCCCGUGCGCGCCGAGGAGGCGCUGCGCUCGCCGGGCGCCUACAAAGCCGCUUUCAACGGGAGCAGACCCUCUUCUUCCGAUCGGCAUCUUAUUCCCGUGGCCUUUGUGUCUGAGAAGUGGUUUGAAAUCUCCUGCUGACUGGCCGAAGCCCGCUUUACUCCCGGGGGCAGGGCGGACGCCGCGUGGCUCUCUCCUGGAUUCCGUUGGUGAACCUGUAAAAAAAAUUACUAAUGGGUUACCUAUACCCACCAUUUCUGUCUACCAGUAGGAGACUCGACGAGCAGCAUCUACGGGCCAAAUAUAUUUUUAUAAAAAUGAACACGCCUAUAGGUAACUGCAUUUUUCCAAGAGCGCGUUUUCCGGAGAGGAGGAAAAAAUGCGCAAGCGGCGCAUGCCAUGAAGGAGGAGGAAGCUGAGAAGAAAAAAGGGAGAGAAGACGGAACGUCCGGAGCUCGGGAUACGGACUAUGAACUCGAACCUGUGCCAAUAAUACCGUUAUGUGCCAUGUACUGCUGCGAAAGACUGCGCGAGAAGCCGGAGCUGAGUCGGCAGCGCGCGGAGGCGUUGUGGAAGCAGCGCUGGGGUGGCCUCUCUCCGGCUGGAGUCACCGAUCCCGGUCAACAGACACACGCACGGGCUAGGGAGCGAAAAUACACAUACACACACAACCACUUUUUGUACUGUAGCAAUUUUUGAAGAUCUUAAAUACUCAUUUUUAACGAAGAUGUCAUGGGCUAAAAAUCUAAUUAUUUCUCUAACGUGCGUAAUACGAGCUAGGUAAACUGAUGUUUUCUACUUUGGCAGCUUGCCCUUCCAACUAUAUGUGUAUAUAUAGCUAGGCAUAUAUACAUAUAGAUGUGUGUGUGUGUGUGUGUAUAAGCAUAUAUAUGUAUGUAUACAUUUUAUAUAUAUAUAUAUAUAUAUAUAUAUAUAUAUCUCAUUGGGGGGGAUGUAGUUCCACCAGUGGGUGCGUUACUGGAGCGCCGCCGCCGAGCCGUGGAGGGCCCCGGGCUGGCUCCGAGCGCGCGGCACGGCGCGGCGUGGCGUGGCCGGCUGCCGGCACAGUCUUCCUGGAG